AUGCCACAUGCCGAAAAAGCACAUUCAGUCUCAGGUGUCCGUAGUGUAUUUAAUGGUAUUGGAUCUCAAACAAUGUUUGCUGCACAAACUGGAUUUAUACCAGACCUUACUGCAGGAGAAAUUCUUGUCAAAGUUCGUUUAGCGUCAAUCUGUAUGAGUGAUGUACAUACGAUUACAGGUCAGCGUAUUGAACCGACACCAAGAGCAAAACCAUGUAGAGGUGAUGGAAUGCUUGGUUUAUAUACAUGUGCAGCUCUUCGUGAACAUGGUUUUGAAAGAGUUUAUUGUUCUGGAACUCGUUUACAACGUUCAACAUUUAUAGAACAAUUUGGUGCUAUUCCACUUUAUAGUGACGAAAUACUUGAAGAAGAAACAAACAAGAUUGAUGUUGUUGUUGAAGUAUGUGGUGUACCAAAUGUGGUCAAUGAUGGUUUAAGAUUAUUGAAACCUGGUGGACUAUAUCUUUUUGUUGGUAUGGUUCAUCCACAUUCACAAUUGAAUAUUACGGGAGAACAAAUUAUUCGUAAAUGUUUGACUAUCAAAGGUAUUCAUAAUUAUGCUCCACGUCAUCUUGAUCAUGCUGUUCAAUUUCUUGAGAAAACAAUAAAAAAGUAUCCUUAUGAAGAAGUAAUUGGACCAACUUAUGAUUUAUCUGAUUUAUCACGUGCUAUGCAAAUUGCUAUUGAAAAACGUUAUGGUCGAGUUUUAGUUAAGCCAAAUGUGCUAACAUCAUGA